AUGUUGAUCAUGGCCCGCUUGAUCACGUGGCACUGGAAGAUCCUCUACUGGGCGCUUGCCCGAGCCAAGCCGAUCUGGGCCUACACCAUUCUGUGGGUCCACCGUAUCCUCCCCAAGCACUGGAUGAGAUUGUGUGCCGGGGCGUUUAUCACCGUGGCCGUGAUCCUCAUCGGGGUGUUCGUCACCCCCGAGACGUCGUACUCGUUGCGUGAGGACCGGGCGGUGUCGUUCUUCGGGCUCGUCGUCGCCAUCUUCGUCCUCUGGGCGACGCUGAGACACCCGAAGCGGGUCAACUGGCACACCGUCAUCGGCGGGGUGCUCAUGCAGUACAUCAUCGCCUUGUUCGUGUUGCGGACCAAGUGUGGGUACGACGUGUUCAACUUCAUCUCGUUUUUGGCGCGUAAGUUGUUAGGCUUCGCCAAGAACGGGGUGGCGUUCUUGACCAACGACGACGUCUCCCAGUUGCCGAUGUUUUUCUUCUCGGUGUUGCCUGCGGUGGCGUUUUUCGUCGCCUUCGUCCACAUCUUCUACUACUGGGGCGUCAUCCAGUGGGGGAUCCAAAAGUUCGCCUAUUUCUUCUUCUGGACGCUUAAGGUGUCUGGUGCCGAAGCCAUCACUGCCGCCGCCUCUCCCUUUAUCGGUAUUGGUGAGUCGGCCAUUUUAAUUAAGGACUUGAUGCCCUACUUGACCAAGGCUGAGUUGCACCAGAUUAUGACCUCGGGGUUCUCCACCAUUUCUGGAGCCGUGCUCGUCGGUUAUAUCGGGUUAGGGCUUUCGCCGCAGGCGUUGGUAUCGCUGUGUGUGAUGUCGAUCCCGGCGUCGUUGGCGUGCUCGAAGUUGCGGUUCCCCGAGACGGAAGAGUCGAUCUCCAAGGGUAAGGUGAUCAUCCCUAAAUCGGAAGUCGACGACGAACAUAAGCCGCAAAACGUGUUGCAAGCGUUCUCCGAAGGUGCCACUUUGGGGUUGCAAAUCGCCUUGACGAUGAUGAUCCAGUGUUUGUGUAUCAUCGGGAUUAUCGCCCUCAUCAACGCCUUGCUCACCUGGUUCGGUGGUUUCUGGAACAUCGAGAACUUGACCCUUGAGCUCAUGUUGUCGUACUUGUUGUACCCUGUUGGUUUCCUCUUGGGCACUCCCCGGGGUGAGAUCUUGAAGGUGACCAAGCUCAUUGCCACCAAGUUCAUCCAGAACGAGUUCGUCGCCUACGACAUGUUGAUGCACCAAGCGCCUUACAACCAGCUCUCGCAACGGAGCACUUUGCUUGCCACCUACGCUCUCUGUGGGUUCGCCAACUUUGGUUCCGUCGGUAUCACCUUGGGGGUGUUGAAUACCAUCUCCAAGGGCAGAGGCAAGGACAUCUCGCUGGCUAUCUUGCUGGCGUUGGUCACCGGCGGGGUGGCCACGUUGAUGUCGGCCGCGGUGGCCGGGAUGGUCAUCCACAACUUGGACGGUUACAUCCCCGCCCACAACCUGUAA